GCAAGAACCACCAAACUAGAAAGAACGAUACCACAAGAAAUCAAAGCUCACAAAUAUGUGGUUUUCCUCCAUUUAACAUUUUCUUUACUUUCUCUCUCUUCUUUCUCUUCAUUUAUUACACCUUCAUUUCCCAUCCCUUCUCUCUCUCUUUCUCCGUCUCAAAAUUUGCCCUUUUUUGGCCCACUAUCAACUUAAAUGGCCAUUGGGCUCUCCAUCGUUGCCGUUGGGAGUUCCCACCAGGCCUUACCUCUACUUUCUGGGCCCAGCCCAAAGCCCACUUCUUUUCUCGGCCCAAUCUCCUUCCUCUCCCCUCCGACUCACCGGAGAUUCCCGGUUUUCCGGUCAAAGAGGAGAGAGAAAAUUCAUACAAUUUGCUUCGUUCUUGAGGAACGUAAAUUGAGUGGUUUUGUUGAAACUGAGAGUACAAGUACUAGUGGUAAAGAAGAUGAUGACAGUAGUGGUGUUAUUAUUACAAGGGUGAGCACCGACAACGAUGACAGACAAAUUGCAGCCGCACGAUUAUUGGAGAAAUUAGCUAGGAAGAAAUCUGAACGGUCCACUUAUUUGGUUGCUGCUGUUAUGUCUAGCUUUGGUGUCAUUUCUAUGGCUGUUAUGGCUGUUUAUUACCGUUUCUACUGGCAAAUGGAGGGAGGAGAAGUACCUGUUACAGAAAUGUUGGGUACAUUUGCUCUCUCGUUUGGCGCCGCUGUAGGGAUGGAAUUUUGGGCGAGAUGGGCACAUAAAGCUCUUUGGCAUGCAUCUUUGUGGCACAUGCACGAGUCUCAUCAUAAACCCAGAGAAGGACCUUUUGAGCUAAAUGAUGUGUUUGCAAUUAUAAAUGCAGUCCCAGCUAUUGGCCUCCUUUCCUAUGGAUUCUUCCAUAAAGGCCUUGCCCCUGGUCUUUGUUUUGGAGCUGGACUCGGAAUAACAGUAUUCGGUAUAGCUUACAUGUUUGUGCAUGAUGGUCUUGUCCACAAACGGUUCCCCGUUGGUCCUAUUGCGGAUGUUCCUUAUUUCAGAAUGGUAGCUGCCGCCCACAAGCUACACCACUCAGAUAAAUUUAAUGGAGUACCAUAUGGGCUGUUCUUGGGACCAAAGGAGCUUGAGGAGGUGGGAGGUCUUGAGGAGUUGGAGAAAGAAAUCAACCGUAGGAUCAAGUCAUCUAGAGGUUCAUAAUUGAUCAGAAUGAUGCUAGAUGGGGCCGUUUUGCUGUUCUUGUCCAAAAACUAGAGUUUUAGAUGAUUUUUUUUAAUUUAAAUUAAAAAAAAAAGAAAUUUAUUAGAUUUCCUAGUAGAGAAGGAAAAAGUUAUUUUAGGAUGACUAAAUUCUACAUGUAUAGCUGUUGGUUCCGCGACUGCGCCAUGUAUAUCAUGCUGUAUCAUGCCAAAUGAAAUAUAAAUAUUGGACGUGAACAAUAUUGAUUGAGAUGUAAACAUAAUUCUAAAUGGAAAAAAAGAGAGGGUGAAGUAUUAUGUUUUUCCUCUGUUAUAAAUAAAUGCAUCAAAUUAACUGGA